UGGAGGGGGUCUUAGUGCUCCCAAAAUACCAACAGGACCACAAAAAUCUUGAGCAACCGACCGAGGAAUGUAGAGCAUGAAAGCCACAAGGACCAAACAAUACCAAAAAAACUGAGCGAAUAGUGCAAGAACCAAGCCGGAGACACAGGGAGAGGGGGAACAGAAUAGCCUCUGCCCCAAUGCAUAGCUCACCCCCAAGGUCAAGCUAUGGCAGAAAUCCUAGAGGAACAGACCAAGUCUCCAAGAUGCCCAAUGAAAUUUCUGCUGUGGUGCUCAGGCUGGUGCUGGCGAAGGACACACCCACAAUACUCCUUCAGACCAAGGAAACAUACCAACCCGUUCUACAUGUACUUCUUGCUACCUCCAAAAACGACAUCUUGAAGAGCUUCCCCAACACCCAACUAGAAUGGACCCGCUGUCGAUACCUGAGGACCAUCAUGACCACUAUGGAAAUUCUCAGACUUGUCAAAGAAAAUUUUAAUGGCUAGGGAUCCUUGAGAAGAUAAAGAAAUAUAAUUAAGGUUUGUGAGAGCAGAAAAAACAUGAAGUGUUAUGCAAAAAAAAGGAAAUGAGGGGGGUGAAUAUGAAU